CAGCAAUGAUUGAGUAGCUAGCUGCCCCAAGCUCAAGUCGAGAAGCAUGGCUGACCCACAGCAUCGUAGCAUUCGUGUGACACCGGAUCAACCUGGCGGAGGAGCUGCGGCGCGAUCAACAGCGGCGGCGCCAUGGGAGGCUGCUCAGAGGCGGCUGAACCGCUUCGUGCGCACCGUCGCGCUCGUGGAGAGGGCUGGCAACGGCCUCGGCACGCUGGCCUUCACGUGGGCAACCGUUGUCAUCCUCGGCGGGUUCUCCGCGAACCUGGGCCCGGAUUUCUGGUACGCCACGACCAUAGUGUUCCUCGAGGCUUUCAGGGUGUUUAGCCGCGAGAGCAGAUCUGAUGAUGAAUUGUUAUUCAAGACCACAGGAAGCAUUAGGCUGAAAAGGGUGAAGCUGAUAAGCAACGUACCCUAUUAUCUGAAUGUGGGGAUCGUGAUGGUAUGUCUGUACGGCACCCUGGAAUUUCUCCUCGUCCACUACAAAUACCUGCUUCCACAUCCAACUCAUCGCCUGCAAUGCCACUUCCUUCUUCUUGCCUCGUUACUAGCAUUAGCGAGCAUGGCGCAGCUUCCCGCAAUCGUCAAACACAUGAAGGAUCAUGUAUUCCUGCAAUCUAGCCCGCUGGUUGCAGUCCUCGCCUUCGGUGGUGUACUACUAUGGACCAAUGCUCCUCGGCGAGUCGCCGCCGUGGUUGUCGCGCCCCUUUUUGUUGGAUGCUUACAAUACAGUGUGAUAGGGGCCUGCCUGCGUAGAACCCAAAUCCUAUCUGAUGUUCCUGUUUGGCUCCGGAAACUGGGCACCUUGAUAUUCCCGGUUUGGAUAGCUAUUUCAGUGCCGAUCGCAUUCGGUCCUAUGGGCAUUCUCAUCCUGCUAGGGACACUCCUUGUAGGCAACAUCCAGAUUCCCGUGGCUCUGGCGCGAAUCGGGCUUUCAUCGAUGCGCCUGUCAGGCACGGAGAUCCAUAAGAUCCCCAACGAUGACAGCAACGAGCACCUUGCACCAGCACUGAAGAUUUUCUACAGCAUGGUGCUUGGCCAAGGAUCGCUCUACAUUCUCGCAUGCAUAGGCGAGUCUCUACUCUUCCCCUACCUUCGGAGAUCACUGGCGAGGGCACUAAGUGUCCUCGCAUACAAGGAGGGGUUUCAGUCUGUUGAUCUGUACUACGAGCAUGCCUACGACAGGUGUAUGCAAGACGGUGUGCUUGCCCAGGAGGACCUAAAUCUUGUCAGGUUCGCGGUGGACUCUCUCAACUCCAACUCACGCACCAGGAAGCUCGCCGCGGUCCAAAUUCUGCACUCCCUCCUCCUGCGACAAGAGGCAUCUAACGCAUUGCCUGUCUCAGAAAUAACCACCGCGUCCAAGGCGGUUGCCACCUUGAUCAGCAUGCUGAGCUGGACAGGUCCACAAGAUCAAGAUAUCAGGUUUUUCGCUGCAAAGAUUACCGCCGAGAUUGCUGGAGAUCUCCUAAUUGUUGGCAUCCCAGGCACAAUACAGAUGAUAUCUUCUCUUCUUGAUGUAAAGAAUGAUUUGGUCAUCAAGCAAGGCAUUACAGCUCAAAAGGUGGACGUCGAUGAACAGUGCACUGAUAAUUGGCAACCAAGUCACAGUUCAGCUUCCAGAGUGGACAUUAAGGGGGAGGAAGGUGGUUAUCAGACAACAACAAUACAGGCUAACUCAGCCCAUGCAGCAGUCAAUAAUUCAUGGAGCUCCAAAAUAUACAUAUUCUUGCAACACAUCAAGGACAUGCUGUCAGUUCCAAAUGAAGGAAAAGAACCUUGGAUGGAUGAGGAUUCAUUUCCUGUACAGGGGAUGAUAAUACUUAAAAAGCUCACUCAUGAUCUUGAUAACUGUGCAGAAAUCAGCAGAGCAACAGGUCUCAUCCCAAAGAUUGUAGGGUUAAUAAACUACACUACAGACACAACAAACAUGAGCGAAGAGCAACAGAAUAAGAUUACGACUACAUCCUUGAAGCUGGCUGCAAGGCUUGUCUGCGUCGAAGGAGAAGUUGGUAUUUCACUCAGGCACAAGAUCUUAGAGCAACCCUUUCUAUUGAGUAACCUCGUUGACAUCUUGGAGGACAGCAACGGACGUCUGGAACAAUGGGGGCCAGCAAUGAUUAUCAUUGCAAAGCUUUCUGCAGAUGAGGAAACAAGAAAGAAGAUUAGUGACUUCCAAGUGCUCAUCCCUAAGCUGAUGCAAACAUUUCUUUGUCGAGAUGGAUCUUCAAACACAUUUUGUGACCACGUUGUGCGAAUGGUGACAGGGGAAGCACUAUCAAAACUUACAAAGGAGAACAUUAGCUACUGCUCAUCUAUCUUAGAGGAAACAAGAUAUGAUGUUAUCGAGGAUCUCAAGAAUAUGCUUCAGGAAGAUGAGUAUACAUAUGUCACAGCAAAUAUGCUGGGGAAUCUGUGUGCACACUCCAAAGACAAGUUGUUCCAUCUUGAAUUAAGCAUGCAUUUGUCGCCCAUCCUGCAAGUGGUGUUGGCAAAAAUGAUGGAUACCAAGGGCAACAAGCAAUUGGAAGCCCUUCUCAUCCUUGCUUCACAGCUUUAUAAUCUGAACCCUGAACUAGAGUCACAUACCAAUGCAAGAAGACUUGUCCAGAAGUUAGUGGCAACACUCAACUCCAAUCAGAAACCUCAUCCUGAAUACCCAAGGAUGAGAAGGGCCGUAGUUGAGGUUGCAAUAUCCAUUAUGGAAUCCUGUCCACGCUACUCAAACAUAUUCAGAGAAGAAGGGAUGAUGGAAGCAUUGUCUAAGGUAGAGAUAGCCUUAUUGAAGGUGGAAAAGUACAAGGUCUUCUUGGGCAAUGUAGGAGAGGUUGUGGAGGGCAGCUUACAUCUGCUUGACCUGAUUGACAAAGCAAAACGGCUUAUAGGUUCCACAACUCAAACUUGGGAAACUCUCGAUCCAGGCAACCAUGCUUGAUUCAUCAUUACAUGGUGAAUAUGUUGUGUUGGGGGCUUGGACUAGACCAAGUGAUAUACCAAGGUUUUCUCCUUUACGAUCAGCAAAUGCCAUAACCUGAAACAAGAUAGAUGGUGUGGUAACUAAAUAACCUUUUGUGUUUGAUAACUGAAAUUAUGCUGCUGUUCAUGUAUUUAUUACGUACUUUCCUACAAAUAUUGGUCAUACUCAUGUCA